GUUAAUUAGAGGCAAGUGAAUUUUGUACCGUUUUAGUAAACAUUAACGUUGAUUGCGUGAUAGACAAUCUAACACAUGAGUAGUUCAAUAAAUUGCAACUAAUCAAUAGAUGAUUAUGGACUGUUGAACAAUGGAUCUCAACAAAACACCCCUCAUUACAGAACUAAAUGUCUAACACUAUCUGUGAUUGUCCCAUAACCUUUGUAAUCUAGUAACUCUUCUAACCGUUGCUAAAAUGAUUAAGAAAAAUGAUCAUGGGAAAAUUACAUUGGGAAUGUUAAAAGGUAAGCCAGUGACCACUUCUGUUCCUCAAAUUUCUAUAAAGUUCCAUGCCAAUGCAGAACAAAUCGAAGAACUGUACGCCAGCGAAGACGAGGCUACUGGCAAAAAUGAGGAGAAGAACGAAAUUACAUCAGCUUCCAGUACACCCUCUAAUAUAGGCGAACCCGAGAGCAGUCCUCUAAAAUAUUUCAACAAAAUCGGGAAGAGGUCUACCAGCGUGGACGUCACCCACCAACCGUUGAACGCCUCACCACCUUCUGAUCCGUGGAGAUUUUUUUCAGAUAUAAAAGGCAAAAUUACGAAGAGUGUCGAAGAAAAAAUAACAGAAAUCAAGUCAAGAAACCAUGAGGAAGGUUCGCCGCUUCACAGACCGAAAUCCGAUUCCCACAAACCGGAUCUAAAAACGAUCGCAGACAGCAAGGAAAAUUCUAGCGUCUCGGAUUCCGAAGAUUUAUCCGAGAGUAGUAUAUCGAAGACUUGUGGCAUCGUUUCUACCACAGAAGGUGUUGAAAUGUCUAGUGACGAAGACACUCCAUCGUUAGAAAAAGACAAGAAAGACGAAAAAUUCCUCUCCGUUACGCCCCAUAGCUUUAAACACAAAUUUAGAUUUUUUAAAAAGACACACCAUGAAGAAGGAACGAUCAAAACCAACGACUUGUCCAAAUUGUACAACAUUAACACCGAAAAUGUAGAGCAGGCUCUACCAGAAGAUUCGGAAGGAGUAGAAGAUGGCGUCGAUGCGCUCGAAGAAUCUAACCUCAAAACCGAGCCGUCACUUGUCAGAGUUUCGCAUGAGGAAAUCUUGACAACAGUUGCACAGAAAAUCGAUAAUGUAGAGAUCGAUUGUGAGAACGUGAUUCAUAUUAAAGAAGUGCAGGGUACUGAUGUUAGGGAAAAGUAUUUUGAUUGUAAAGAUGAGGAGAAGAUUGUUUUCGCACCUACAGGUUUCGUGGAUUUGCGUCCUAUUGCAACUAGGAAUCGUCCAUUUUAUAAUUAUUUAUCCGUACUAGUCCUACUGGUAUCCAUCCUUGUUUACAGUGUCAUACAGUAUUAUUCACCAUAUUCCGCCGGAUUAGUGUCGGGAAUAUUUCUUGUUACUAUAUUUUUAAAAGUUUAUUUCAAAUUGUAUCCCAGAAGUACAGAACAACCGGUAUCCACAAUACCAAUGCUGUCGAAUAAGAUAUACGAAGUACAAGCUGUUAAAGAAUACCAACCAGUUGAGAAAUAUGAGGGUUGGUUGAACGAAUACCCGGAUAUAUACAACCAUGAAACGUAUCAUAUAUCCCGGACCCAGUCAGUGUUUUUAAGGCUACAGGGUAAUCUAUUACGAAUCAGUCACGCUAAAAAUAAAGUAGCAAAACGAGCUAUGUGGAACGAACCAGAGAUCAAGGCAAAUUUCACCCAACACAGGAUAUAUAAUAUGUUGGGUGCGAAGGUGUGUUUGUUACCAGAAGGGUUAGCUAAAAUAAGGCAUUGGAGUAAAAAAUAUCCAAUCUGUAUUACUCUAGCCAAAGAUCAAUUAUGUUUCGAUCAAGAACUUUUAUCGAAAAUGGAAGCUGACUUACAGAAAGACACUGAAAGCGAUAAUACUCGUUCCACAGAUAAGGGUAAACUGUUUACUUCAUCAGGUAGGGAGAAAAAGGGAUUCAACAAGUUUAGGAAGAAAGAGUACCCUAUUUUGGCGCAGAGAUUUAGCAAAUUAACAGAAGGUGAAGAAUUCGAUCUAGAUUCAGACUCCAGGGCUAGUACACCAUCAGCUGAUAUAUCGGAUAUAGCUGACUCCCCUGCCCUAGAGGAUGAAGAACUCUUAAAUACAAAGGACGAUAAAAACGGAGAAAAUGGAGAGGAGACAAAUAGUUUGGUUGAUGAAUGUUUAACUCCCCCACAAGACACCAGCGAAAUAAAAAUUUAUUUGUUUGGACGAACCGACAGAGAGAAAGAAGACUGGUAUAGGAGAUUGUGUACCUCUACUCAUAGAGAAUUAGGCUUAUCUUCCGUAGAUUGUAGUACCCCCGAUUCCAAAGAUAAUCCUCUCCCGAGUCAUGUAGAAACUACUGAGUCCGAAUUGGAAUACUUGAGAUACAUGAGCGCCUUUAAGCCUUCCAGAAAGCAGAACAAGUCUCCCAAAGAAAACGAAAAAGGCGACACCGAACAAAAUUCAGACACAGAGGAGCAUAGAGAAGAUAGUAUUCUCUGGCUCAACGCUCUCAUCGGACGAGUCCUUUUCGACUGUGCCAGAAACGGCAGUUUCAUUGAUAAAGUCAAAGAUCGAAUACAGAGAAAGCUAUCGACGAUAAAACUCCCCUACUUCAUAGAGGAACUCCUCAUUCCAGAGCUCUCUUUAGGAAAAACUUCACCGGUUAUUAGGCGGACCAGCAAACCUGUGAUGGACGAGAGAGGACUGUGGAUAGACUUGGACAUAAUAUACGACGGACUGAUUGUUCUUGCUCUACAGACUAAACUUAAUUUGAUGAGACUGAAAAACCCGCAAGCUUAUGACAAAUCUGCUGUAGUUAAAUGUGCUAUAUACCACUCCGAUGUCGAUGAUUCUGCCGAAAGUAGUACAGAUGAGGAAGGACUUCAUGAACUACCCAAUAUUCCUCAAGAUACCACAACAGGAAGUCACGGCAAACAAAAACUGAUGAAGAUGGUAGAUAGGUUGGCUGAAUCAAAGUUUUUCCAGGCCGCUACCGAGAAUCGGUACAUUAAGAAAGCCAUGGAAGGUGUGUCAAAUACAGACCUUCGAUUGACGGUAGAAGUAAAGUCGAUCGUCGGCACUCUAGUCUUAAAUAUUCCCCCUCCACCGACAGAUCGUAUCUGGAUAGGUUUCAGGCCGGUCCCCGAAAUUUCCCUGUCUGCCAGACCAAUCGUGGGCGAGAGAAACAUUAGUUAUAUUAUGGUAACGAGUUGGAUCGAGAAAAAAUUAGUUCAAGAAUUCCAGAAAGUAUUGGUGAUUCCCAACAUGGAAGACUUGAUUAUACCUGUGAUGAAUCCAAAAUUGCCGGAUUAAACAAAAUGCUUGUAAUUAUUUCAUUUACUUGGUGAUAGAAAAAAAUACAGGGCAACAAGGUGUCGAUUAACACUUAGUCGUAUUUUUUAAAAAGAGUUCAAAUUGUCUUAUUGCCGCAUAGUGAUGUUAUUUGUUCUAUUUUAUUAAAAAUACGGAGAGGCAGUUGAAAUAAAAGAGAUUGGGUCAAAAGAAAUAGAUAUAUAGAAGAAAAUAAAAUGUUUGUUAAUGUUUCCAUUUUCAAGUGGGAAAAUGUAAAAAUUAUCAUUUUACACGCUUUACAUUUCUAUUGGACCUGGAAUAUUGUUAUGUUUCAAAUACAGUCUCAGUUCUCUCCUA